AUGGACCCAGACAUCCGUGCCCAGGAGUUGAUACGAUGUGACCUCUGUGAGACUGAAAUGGUACAGUUUUACUGUGAUACAUGUCAUGUCAAAUUGUGUAAUGCCUGUAUUGGAGAACACAUGACAUCCGAUGAAUCCAAGAAAAAGCAUUUAGGAAACAAAUGUGAAGGUCUCUUAGUAGCCAUAACAAAACAUGGAGAGGAAUGGCACAGGGAAAUUGACAAAGUUGUCACAAAACUGAUAGCUCAGGUUGAGGAACUGAAAACUGAUCAGUUACAAAUUCUACAGAGAUAUCUGGAUGAAAUGAAUGAGAAAACUUCUGAAAUAAGGAAUGAAAUAAACUCAGUUGAAGUUGUUAUAGACUCCCAGGAGAUUUCAAAAUUGUUUAAUAUUACAUCUAACAUACAUACUUAUAAAAAUCUUCCAGAAAAACCUGUGCAAUUAUUACCUAAAUUCACUCCAGUUACAAUCCAAGGUGAAAAACUUUGUAGCCUGUUUGGAUCUAUAUUACCAUGUGAAAUUACUUCAGAAAGACAUGGUUACAGUAUUGAACAAACACAAAGAUCAUCAGAAACUGGCUUUUCUCCUCCAGUCAAACAGCUGCUUGAUGAACCAGAAAUCAUCACUACUAUAAACACUAAGUAUGAAUCAAACCUACAUAAUGUGGCCUGUCUGAGUGAUGAGGAAAUCUGGACAUGUGGAUAUGACAGCAGCAUGAAACUCUUCAGUAUCAAUCAGGGCUCAGAACUCCAGGCAAUCACAACCAAGUCAGGAAACCCCCCCUCAGACAUAGCAGUUACAGAACAAGGCUAUCUUGUUUAUACUGAUCCUAGUGACAGAACUGUGAACAUUGUGAAGAAUGAAGAGAUUGAAACUAUGAUCACAUCAGAGAACUGGAUACCUUGCAAUAUCUGCAACACUUCCUCUGGUGACCUCCUGGUUGUCAUGGAAAGUGAUAUGUAUGAACAAUCAAAGAUUGUCCGUUACUGUGGCUCCACAGAGAUUAAACAAACCAUUCAGUUUGAUGAGGAGGGUAUUCCUUUCUAUUCAUAUGGUUAUGUUAAAUGCAUCAGUGAGAAUAAGAACCUGGAUAUCUGUGUGGCCGACUAUUCAGCUAGAGCAGUAGUUGUGGUCAAUAAUGCUGGGGAACUAAAUUUCAUGUAUACUGGUCCAAAGUACCAAUUAUUCAAACCAAGAGGAAUCACCACAGACAGCCAGAGUCACAUCCUUAUAGCUGAUUUAUACAAUGACUUUCUCCACAUCCUUGAUCAAUAUGGGCAUAUCGUCCGUUACAUAGACUGUAGACUGAAAGAGCCUCGUGGAUUGUGUGUAGAUACAAAUAACAAUCUGUUUGUUGCUCAAAAAAAAACCACACAAGUGAAAAAAAUCAAAUAUCUACAGUAA